AUGAUCCUGCGCUCGUGGCUGCUGGCGGCGCUGGCCACCGCGCGUGCAGGGUACAUCACCGUCGGCAUGACUGACGCACACCAGUGCGGCACGUCCACGGUCGAGUGGUACGGCGACGACGGGCCGUACCACCUCCUCCUAACCCCCACGACCUUCUCAUCGCACGGGUACAAUGUCUGGGUGCCGUCCAUUGCCAACGGUACCACCGCGUACAAUUUGACGAUCAAGCAGCCAGCCGGGCUGCAAUACCUCGUCACGGUGUGGGGCGCCUCGGGCAUCGAGUAUGCCGGGACGACGGACGUGCAGACCGUCCUGCCUAGCGCAACAAACGACGCCUCGUGCUUCCUCCCCAACGCUGAUAUCGCCUCGCUCUACACCUUUGCCUUCAACAUCUCCAACACGAAUGCCGGGUUCCCGCCGCAAUGUUCCAAUCUCUCCAUGGCGUGGCCUACGAGCCUCGAGUCGCCGACCCUCCCGCCCCGGACGAGAUCUCUCGGCGGAGACGACGACGAAGAGGAGACCGACCCCGACGAGCCGAGACCCGUUGACGACCUCGGAGAGCGCCAGGCGGGCGCCGCCCAGACCUCCUUUGCGCCCAGCCUCCCCGGUACGCUCGACGCCGACACAUCGAGCAGCAACAAGACGCAGGGCAACACAACGACUCCGCCGACCAUGUUCGGCAUCAUUCCCCUCGGCAACUCGUUCUCCAUCCCAAUCACCUACUCGCCCAAGUCCAAGUUUGUCCAUGGCCUCCCCGAGUCGUCGUGGUCGGACACGCCGACGACAUGGACGAGCCAGGGCGUGACGCACCUCAACUGGACAGUCAGCCUCGCCAAGGGCACGCGCUUCAUCCUCGUCGCUGGAAUUGGCUCGCACGAGGAGUGGGCGAGCGGCGGCUCCAGCGAGAUGAUGACGGUCGGCCAGGGGGACUCGAGCUGCGCCAAUGCUGGCUCAGCGCCAAGUAUCACGGCGUCAGAGUCCAAGACGGGCCCGAUCCGCAAGCCCACGGCGUCGGCAAGCAGCGACAGCACCAGCUCCACUGGGUCUGGGCCGAACAUCGCCGGCGUAGUCCUCGCGUGUGUCUUCUCGGCGCUCGCCACACUCCUCCUCGCAGUCGUAUUCUACUGCUGCUGCCGGAUCAGGAACAAGCGGCGGCGCGCAACCAAGCAGGGCCUGCCCAAGCCGUCCGUGGUCAGCGUCGCGACCUUCGGCCGUAUCGACACGAAGCGGCGCAAGCAGCCGCAGCGGUACGAGGGCGAGCAGGCCGGCGACGUGCGCCUCGACCUCAUCGCGGACCGCGACGACGCGAGCGACGGUACCCGCCCGAUAUCCACCGUGUCGGACGCGACCCGCCCCCAGAGCCACUUCUCCGUCUCGUCCCGCCCGCCGCCGAUCACCACGUCCCCGCUGCGGCGGUAUGACGGCGAGUUGUUCGGCUCCCCCGCGUACAGUUCGCCGGGGUACAGCUCGCCCGUCGAGCUCGACAGUUACCACGACUACACGCCGCAGAUGACGGGCUACUCGAGCGCGCAGCUGUCUGCGCGCGCUCGCGGGGACGACUACGCGCCCCUGUCACCGCGCGCCGGCCGCGACGAGUACUCGCCGUUGUCGAGCCCGACGCGGGCGCCAGAGAGCUCGAGUUCCGACCGGCUGGGCGACAUCCGCACCGACCUGAUCGGCCGCCCGCCAUCAUUGGACCAGCUGAUCGCCUACCCCGCGCUGGCGGUCACGCCGCCCCGGCGCGGGCUGCAGCUCCACGACCCCGAAGAGGCGGGCUCCGAGGCGCUCGGCCAGCUCAAGCGCGACACGCUCGCCGCGCUCGACGGCCAGCCGGGCUCCCCGACCGCGCCGGUGCCCGGACCGUCCUUGCCCCGCCGGCGCCGCGAGCGAGGCGAGGCGACGUACCUCGUCCACCGGGACGCCGGGCGCGUGCUCGGUGGCCCGCGCCGCCCGCGCAACGUGCUCGAGCUGCCCCCUAGGUACGAGGAGCUCAACUGGGACGAGGAGGAGGACGGUCCCGCGCCGCUCACCAUCAACACCAGCGCCGGCUCAGCGCAGUCUGCCUCGGCGUCCCCUGCUACCCCGGUUCCGCCCUCGGCCGCCAAUAUCCCUCUACCGCACUCGCCUAUGCUCUCGCAAACCUGGGACAUUCCCCCUCCGGAUCACACCCCAUGA